UCAAGACUAUUAACUUAUGAUAGCGAAAAAGAAAAAUACGACAACAUUCUUUCCCACAUUAGCAGCAUAUAUAUAUUUCCAGAACAAUUCCAGCCACACGCCCGAAACAAUCGAAAUAGAAAUAAACCGAAAGCCGAUUUUCUGCGAUUUAAAAUUGCCAAUAGUUAUACCGACUUAUCCUAUGUUACACUUCAUCUUUAUCUACGCGGAUGGGACUGGAUAAGCACACAUCAGCCAGAACUCAUCGAAGAGAUCGAAAAGCAACAAAGCAAAGAUAUAGUUGUAACUAUUUACCGGGCUGUGAGACGGUCAACUAACUCAAGUAUUACACAUAAAGCCAAAAUAUUCGAAUUUCGACAGAGGAUUCCAUCGGGACUAGGAGAAUGGGUGAAUGUUGAUUUGUUGAAAUCCUUAUUUAAUGUUGAUCGUGGAGGAAAUAAGACUCAGGAGAUUCUAAUCAAAGGUGCUGAGUUCUGGAUGAAGCCGUUAGUUGUGACCACUGAUUACGCGACAUCUAAGAAUCCAUUGACCGUUCAUAUAGAAGUUGGAUCCCAAAAAAAGCAUCGAAGAAAAAGAAGUGUGUUUUUGGAUUGUACAGAAAAUGAUCACGAUAUGCGUUGCUGUCGUUAUCCGCUCAAAGUUAAUUUUACCAGCUUCGGAUGGCACUUUGUGGUUGCGCCAACUUCAUUCGAUGCAUUUUUCUGCAGUGGCGACUGUAAAGUUGGUUACUUAGAACAAUAUCCGCACACGCAUUUAGCAGCAUUAACUACUUCCGCCACACCGUGUUGCUCGCCAACAAAGAUGAGUUCCUUAAGUUUAUUAUAUUUUGAUGACAAUCAUAAUCUAGUUUUAAGUGUUAUACCAAAUAUGUCUGUCGAAGGUUGCAGCUGUUCCUAAAAAAUGAAAGUUGAAUGUUUUUUGGAGAUCAAUUAUUAAAAUAAUAAGAUAUUUAACU